AUGUAUGGAAGCUGCCUUUUGGAAAAAGAAGCGGCCAUGUACCCAGGCACUCUCAGGAGCCCUGGAGGAGGCAGCACAACCGGGGUGGGCACCUCGGGGGGCAGUGGUAGUCCGCUGCCUGCCUCCAACUUCACUACGGCCCCAGCUUACCCACACUACAUGGGGUACCCUCAUAUGCCUAACAUGGAUCCCCACGAGCCUUCGCUGGGAGCCUGGAGCUCACCCUACAGUCCGCCCCGGGAAGACUGGAGUACAUACCCUGGGCCGUCCAGUACAAUGGGCACAGUGCCCAUGAACGACAUGACCUCAAGCUCUACGGCUUUCGGCUCGCCAGACUACAACAAUCUGGGCCCCACCAGCGGCGCAAGCAACGGCGGUAGCCUGCCAGCCCCGGCCAGCGAGUCACUGGUCUCCAUCGACUCAGGCACCGCCGGUGCCAAUUCUCCCAGCAGGAGCCGCCACAGCCCCUACGCCUGGAUGCGCAAGACUGUGCAGGUGACCGGGAAAACCAGAACAAAAGAAAAGUAUCGUGUGGUUUACACUGAUCAUCAAAGGCUGGAGCUGGAAAAGGAAUUUCACUGCAAUAGAUACAUCACCAUCCGGAGGAAGUCAGAGCUGGCAGUUAACCUGGGCCUUUCUGAGAGACAGGUGAAAAUCUGGUUUCAGAAUCGCAGAGCCAAGGAGAGAAAGAUGAUCAAAAAGAAAAUCUCCCAGUUUGAGAACACUGGAGGCUCCGUGCAAAGUGACUCUGGCUCCAUCAGCCCUGGGGAACUGCCUACCACUUUUUUCACCACUCCAUCUGCUGUCCGUGGAUUUCAGCCAAUUGAGAUACAACAGGUCAUAGUCUCCAAAUGA